AUGGCGCUCACGCGUGGUUCUCUCACCUCGUUCAAGGGCCCUGUCGAUGAGGGCUCUGCUAUCGAGCGCAAUCACCUGUCUCAUGACAAACUUGACAAGGCUCACCAGCCAACCUCUCACCCACCAAAGUUUGCCCUGCCGUCAAUCUCUACAACUAAGGCAGUGUCUACCCAAGGCCUUCGAUCCCUGGGACAGCUCGCUGGAUAUGCAACAAGUGAAGAAGACGAGCCAGCAAAACUUCCGAUACCACUAAUUAAGAAAGGCCGGCGCAAGAAGCCUGUUGCGUACAAAUCUGCUGAGACUGCGGCAAGCGAUAGCAGUGAGUCUCGAAGCAGCCGUCCUCGAUCUCGCCAAGUGCUCUCUUCACCAACCUUGGUUGCAAAACGCAAGCAACUUCAAACCUCAACUUCUCGCCGACAGCACAAGCGCGUUAUGGAAACCGUUACCCACAAAAGAUCUGAUAGCAAAGUGGGCAAGACGAAGAACAUGGCAGCCAAGAGACGUCCGAGUGAGCCGUUUGCCUCAUCCAGCACCGCGAAGCGCCCAUGCACGAAGGGCGGUUUCGUUGUCACGAGCAGUGACGAGAGCGAUAUCGAGGGCAGCGACGAGAGCGAUCAAGAUGACCGCAAGCAUGGCAAUCUUUCUAGAUCACCCGUCCCAAGAUCAUCCUGGGGACUAGAAAAACCAGACUCUUUUCCGGCCAGCUUGAGGAUUGAGUCUACUUCAACAAAUCUACCGACUAAGCAGUUGAACAAAGACCGUCUUAACGCGCUUUUGGGAAGAUUCAAAGGCACAAAGACGAAUACUAAGGAGAAGCGACCAUCUAUGCAUGUACAACAAUCCGUCGCAACAGCUCGCGCAUCUCCCGUUGCUACGGGUCUCACUGCACCACUUAACCGACAACCUUCAGUGCCUGUGCAGUCGACCGGCAGUAGCGAUACAAACCGUGGUAAACGACCCGCUGCGGUAUCUGAGACAAAACCAGCAGAAAGCCUUGAUCAACAGCCUAAAGUGAGGGGUCCAUCGAUGUCAACGACUAAGGGCAAACCAACUUCGAUCUUCCAAGAGACUGAGCAACCUAUCGCAAAUAUCAGAACCUAUGGUAGUGUACAAAAGCAGAUCAGCUCAAACCCCUUACCCCCUAGCGCCGCUAUUGAAGGUUCUUCGCCCAGCGCAGCAAUCCAACCGCGCAAGCUGUUCGAUGCAAGUUACGGGAAUGAUGCGUCAACUCACAAGGCCUCACCUGCUACUAAGCCUAUGAGUCUUCUCCAGUUGGCUUUGAUGGAUGCAAGAAAUGAUGGUACGGGUGGGCCAUCUUCAAAGGCUCGGACUAGUGGCCGAAACGAGCUGGAAAUUGCUAAAAGAAGUCCGAUCUCGACGUCUCCAGUCAGCAAGUUCAGGAAGACGGCUCAGCUACUUGGGAAAGAUCGCAAUACCGCUACGAACAUUACAGCACCUGAGAAGCACUCAUUUUCUCCAGGAGACGUUUUGGAGGUAUCGAGGCCUGAAACAGCGAAAAGAUCACAGGACCAGGCACAACCAUCUGCUUCAAAGUCCAGGAAAUCCACGCCAAACGUAUCAAACGCGGAUGCAGCUGACUCCAAAUCUGCUUCGUCAGCUCCUGGGCAGCCAGCUCAAAAGCGAAAAUUGGACAUCAUCUCCGAUGGAUCUGGACAAAUCACCGGUACAGCAUCCAAGAGGCCUACUCUGACCUCUACCACUGGUUCGAAGCGUCCAAAUAGUGCCAUGCCAGCAUCAGAGGAUGGCAUUACCCCUGGCUCAGUUGUAGCCCCGAGAACACAUUCGCGCGAGGUGCCUACGAAGGCCAGCGAGGUGCCUCCUUCCACCGCAAAAAAGGGAGACACACCCCACGGAGCGGCUUCUACACCUCGGCUAGAGAAAUCGUCGAACGAAUCAAUAAUCCAGAUGCCUGGAGGUUCGAAAAAGUCACGGGAAGCCAGUACAUUGAUGGACGUCGAUAGCCUUGACCAUACGACUACUGGUAUAUCAUCCGUUUCCAAGACCACUGAUGACAAGCCUGUAGAUGGACACGUAGCAAUCUUAAAGAAAGGAAAUAAUCUCCCAAUGAAGGAUCUGAAUCCUACCUCGUCAGCGAAGACGAUCGAUAGCGCCACCAAGACUGCUACGACACCACCCGUAUCAACACCCGAUCCAGGACUGCUUCCUUUGGAGACUACGAUAGACACGAAUGCGGAGAUCCUACACCUCAAUGGCCUCCCUGAUGUUUCCAACGAGGCACAGCCUUACUUUGAAUAUUCCGUCUUCCAAAAGACCUGGCAGGGCGAGCAGGUCGAAAGCACCCUCCCAGCGACUGAGAUCACCGUGCGACCCUUCACUAGCCUCGACGACGCAAAUGCGCAAGCCGAAAAAGUGUUCCAAGGCAAUUUCACCCUCUUUAACGACGUUAUCUUCGGAAAGAGCAACAAUCGGGACGAACACGGAUGCUCCAUCCUCACUGGCUCCAUCACACCUUUUGACAACCCCGCAAACACCUCCCACCUCAAGAUCUGGGUACAGCGCGACCUUGUAUCCGCACUCGCAAACCAGACCCCACAGGCAAUAAAGGGCACAUCGUUCAUCUCAAGCACAUGCUACAUUGUCCGCCUCUUCAAAAUAAUCACACAAGCCGACGCUGAAGACUCGUCCUCUUCCUCCUCAUCCGACGCCGGCACCGACUCCCCCGAUCCCCCAACCCAAGAACCAAUCCGUGCCUACCACGCCCACACCCGCCCUGAAAUCUACACCACCCUGUCCGCCGCGAACCGCGCAGCUCGCGCCCUUCAGAUUCAACUCAGCCACGAGAAAGAACCGAAAGAUGCGUUGAGCAAGGCCUUUCAGGAGAAGAACCUUCAAGAACUCAAUGCAAAGGUGGUUCAACUUCAGUCGACAUUGGACGAGGAAGGUGGGUGCUGGAAGAGCAGGUUCAACGCUUGUGGACUGGGCGGAGAUAGUCUGGAACUCGUGGUGGAGAAGACGAGUCUUUGCGGACCGAGGAAUCUUUGA